AUGGGCGAUGGGGUGGUGUAUCCUUCUGUCUUCGUGGUGGACGGCCAGCAGCACGGGGUCCCCUUUGUCCCGCCCAUGAGGAGGAAGCGGCGGGUGUGCUGGCACAGCCAGUUCUUCCUGGCCUCUCUGGUCAUCUUAGCCCUGGCUGGUGUGGCCACCGAAGGCUAUUUCCUGAUCCGCUUCCAGAAAGAGCUGGAGAAGGCGACGUCCCAGGUUGGGGAGGAAGCAGGGGCCAUCGCCGAGAAGUCCAUUCAAGACCGGAAACUUCACGCUGAGAAGCCAGCAGCUCAUGUCUUGGGUGCAGCCUUCACCACCUCUGGGAACGGUUCUCUGCAGUGGGAACACAGUAAGGACUGGGCUUUCCUGCAUGACAUGCGUUACCAGGGCGGCUCCCUGGUCUGCAUCAAGCCCGGCUACUAUUACAUCUACUCCAAGAUCCAUCUCAUGGCGCAGAGUUGCUCUCAGCAGGACCAGAAUUCCGUUAUCUAUCAUAGCAUCUAUAAGAAGACCCCCAGGUAUGUCGAGGAGAUGAAACUUGUGGAGAACCUGAUCCUUUUCUGCGAUGGGAAGGACAGACGGUUCUGGCAGCAAAACAGCUUCCUCGGAGGAAUCUUCCACCUGGAGGAGGAGGAGCAGAUUUACGUCAAGGUGUCACAGAGACAGAUGCUACAGAUCAGAGACGGCACCAGGUCUUAUUUUGGCACCUUCAUGAUCUGA